GAUUUGUUCUUAUCAGUUCAACUAUAAAAUCCUCUAUUCUCGCACGCCUAUACUUGUCUCAUAAUCCCAGUUUCUCCAUUAAUGGCAGAGCCAACGAAGAGGUACGCAGUUGUUACUGGGGCAAACAAAGGUAUUGGUUUGGAAAUAUGCAAGCAGCUGGCGUUACAUGGGGUGACCGUAGUUUUGACAGCCAGAGAUGAGAAGAGGGGUAUGGAAGCUGUCGAAAAGCUCAAAGAAUCUGGUCUGUCUGAAUACAUAGAUUUUCAUCAGCUUGAUGUUGCAGACCCUGCAACUAUUGCUUCUCUAGCAGAUUUCUGAAUACAUAGACAAUUUGGAAAGCUCGUGUAACUGCACCAAACCAGAAGUCCUUCUUCAGUCCGUAUCUGCACCCUGGAUUGACCUGCAAAGCCCCGAGGUGGAUCCUCGAGGUGGAUCCUCGGGGUAGACACUCCGAUACUUAAGUCAGCAAUAAUCGGGGCUACCUUUA